AUGCGAUUCAUGUGGUUAUAUAAAGGGAAUGGCGGUUUCGAGUUUCCACUUAGCAAGCAAAAACAUAGGGAGAAAGGGAAGUUACUUCGUAGAGCAAACAUGACUGCCACAUUUCCUGAAAUGGCUCGAACAGUAUCUUUUGGUCUUAUGUCGGACAGCAAAUCUCGAUCUCAGAGCCAAAGAAGCCAUUCUGUGGUGAGCAUUGCUCUCUACAACGAAAAUGGGGAAGACGAUAUUGUGGAGAUCGAUGAAGCUGACGAUGUUUCUCAGGAACCUAUAGACUCUCGUAUUUCCUCGUGCAAUUGCUCUAUUGAAAAUGAUAUGAGAGUUCGCAGACAAUCAAUUGCAGAUCGUGUUAACAGACGUCGAAACACAGAAUUCGCUUUUGAAUUUACCCGCGUAGAAGCUGCCGGCAGAGCCAAAGAAUUCCUUCGACUUUUAGAGGAGCAUUCUCGACUUGUACAUUCUGUUCAGUUCUGGUCCACUGCCGCAGCUAUGCAGGAUAAUGCCAAGCCAUUUUCCGUUAAAUUCAAAUUAGACUCUCAGAACACAACUCCUACUGAAACGCAGAAGGACCCAUGA